GUCAUGAGACAGAACGAGCGGAGAGGGAACGAGCUCAAGGUGGAUCACCUCAGCCUGCUUCUGUUUGCCGACAACUGUUUUAUCUCUGCUACCUCGGUGGCCAUGUUGAUUCAGAUGAUGACGGCAUGUCACGACAUCAUCAGUAAGUACGCGGUAGUGGUCCGGCACGACGAGUGCUAUUGGAUCACCGCGGCGUCUGCCACCAGCCAGAUGAAA